AUGGAGCGUCACAAUAAACAUUCGGUCGGCGACACAACCCUCCAUACGUGUCAUCCUUGCCGGCGGACCAUUCCAUACAGAAUCUAUGCCCUAGUGCAUACGUGUGGCAUCAUAGCCCUCAUGUACCAUCACGUACACUCACUUCUCACAUCAAACACUCCUCUUAUAACAUGUCUUUUUCUUCUGUCCGAUAUCGUUCUCGCCAUCCUGUGGGCAACUACAACAUCCCUCAGGUUAAAACCGGUUCGCCGGACCGAGUAUCCUGAAAAUUAUGCAGUUAAACCGGAGGACUUCCCGAAGCUGGACGUGUUCAUAUGCACGGCUGAUCCAUACAAAGAGCCUCCCAUCAUGGUGGCCAACACCGCCUUAUCCGUGAUGGCAUACGAUUAUCCCUCCGAUAAGAUCUCAGUCUACGUAUCGGACGAUGGAGGAUCCUCGUUAACUUUGUUUGCUCUUAUGGAGGCUGCUGAGUUCUCUAAGCAUUGGUUGCCCUUUUGCAAGCGAAAUAAUAUUCAAGAUCGUUCCCCUGAAGUUUAUUUCUCAUCUAGUUCACAUUCUUGGACUAAGGAAGCCGAAAGUAUUAAGACGAUGUAUGAAAAUAUGAAGAAGAGAGUAGAACAUGUGGUGGAUAGUGGCAAAGUUGAUUCUGACCAGUCCAUAAAAUCAGAUCAAUUUCGUGGAGUCUUCGAUUUGUGGGAUCACAAAUUCACUCCUCAUGACCAUCCUACUAUUAUUAAGGUACUACAACAUAACGAAACGGAGAUAAUACCAAACCUAGUCUAUGUAUCAAGAGAGAAGAGUAGAGUGUCACCGCAUCAUUAUAAAGCCGGUGCUCUUAAUACUUUGUUACGAGUAUCUUCAUUGAUGACAAACUCACCAAUAAUUCUAACACUAGACUGUGACAUGUACUCAAACAAUCCUACAACACCACUUCAUGCUCUAUGUUAUCUGUCAGACCCUACAAUCAAUUUUGGUUUAGGAUUUGUGCAAUUUCCUCAAAGAUUUAAAGGAAUAAAUAAAAAUGACAUUUAUGGAUCCGAGCUCAGACGCCCAUUUGACAUCAACAUGGUUGGGUAUGAUGGACUUAUGGGCCCUGUUCAUGUGGGAACCGGGUGUUUCUUCAACCGACGGGCAUUUUAUGGACCCCCGACCAGUUUGGUUAUGCCAGAGAUAGAUGAACUUGGACCAAAUUGGAUUCCUAAUAAACCCAUUAUGGCCCAAGAUGUUUUGGCACUGGCACACGAUGCAGCAGGAUGCAACUACGAGCGCCACACCAAUUGGGGAUCGAAGAUAGGGUUCAGAUACGGGUCAUUAGUAGAAGACUACUACACAGGAUUUAUGCUCCAUUGUGAAGGAUGGAGAUCAAUUUAUUGCAGCCCCAAAAAAGCUGCAUUUUAUGGAGAUUCUCCGAAAUGUCUUGCUGAUGUACUAGUCCAGCAAUUGCGAUGGUCUGUUGGUCUUCUUGAAGUAACCUUUUCGAGGUAUAACCCAAUCACCUAUGGAUUCAAGCCAUUGGGCUUGUUGAUGAGCUUAGGCUAUUGCCACUAUGCAUUUUGGCCAUUUUGGUCAAUUCCUCUCACCGUCUAUGGACUCUUACCCCAACUUGGCCUCAUUUAUGGAGUUAGCGUCUUACCCAAGGCAUCGGAACCUUGGAUUUGGCUUAACAUAAUCUUGUUUUUUGGUGGUUACGCGGUAGAUCUAUCAGACUUUUUAUUAGAAGGAGGAACUUAUCGGAAAUGGUGGAAUGAUCAAAGAAUGUGGAUGAUAAAAGGGCUCUCUUCUUUCUUCUUCAGUUUUACAGAGUUCACUCUCAAAACCUUAAACCUCUCCACUCAAGGAUUCAACGUCACCAGUAAAGCCAACGACGAUAAUAAACGAUUGAAGCGGUAUGAGCAAGAGAUUUUUGAUUUUGGCCCUUCUUUCUUGUUCUUUCCCAUGACUAUUGUAGCAAUAGUGAAUCUCAUUGCUUUGAUGUGGGGGAUCAGUAAUCUUUUCACUUGGGAAGAAGUACCCGUCCUUGAACUGAUGCUGGCGGGUUUCGCGGUAGUGAAUUGCUUACCGGUAUACGAGGCUAUGAUGUUGAGGAAAGAUGACGGAAAACUACCAAAAAGGACUUGUUUCUUAGCUGGGAUCCUCGCAUUUGUUCUUAUACCGUCAGGUUUCUUCUUCCUCAAGUAGCUUCAACUACCUAACUUCGCCUGUUAGGGUUAAAUAUACAACAAUAAUACAUCUUGCUCAAGAGUGAGUAGUGUGAUGAAUCUGUGUAACCAAUAUAUAUAUAAUGGUGAUGGAAUACAUUUUGGUAUCUUGAAUCAGCAAAAUUAAGAUUUACAUUUUCUA